AUGCCUCGACAAAGCUUCAGCUCUGGAGAUGAGGAUAAGCUUUUGGGUUCCGAGAGCGACAACCUUCCUUUACAGAGUAGGGCAAAGGGAAGAGACAAUCUUAGGUUGAUACAUUUUUUCCUUGUUGCACUACUCAGUUCCAGUGUCUCCAUCGUUGCGAGUCUCAUCGUAUGGAGAGCCGUGCAGCCUAAACUGGGACUCAGGGAGGAUAUACGAUUGCUCCCCGGGUUGGAUAUUCCGCCUCUUGGUCCAAUCCAAAAGGCAUUUAUGCCUGAGAGAGUGUAUGAUGAUCCACGAACAGAAAAAGGGCACGAAGCCUGGAUGAACCUGUUCCCAAAGGGGAAGGGAUAUGUUUCGAUAAACAACAUAGAAGCUGCAGGUCCAGUGCCUGACUAUAUCAGAGACACCAGCACGGAUGGCACCGGGCGGUUUUCUAUAGCAACUUUCCAUCAACUGCACUGCCUCUAUCUUCUUCAAGUAGAACUCUUCGACGCCCUGUCAUCCAACAUUACCGAACCGCACUCUCAUGCGCUCCACUGUCUAGACUAUCUCAGAGAGAGUAUCUUGUGUACUUCCGACUCAACAUUAGAACCAUUUAAACCGGCAUUUGAUCUUGCCACGCCUCGAAAAGGCGUUGACGGAUAUGGGACUCCACAUCAAUGCCGAGAUUUUGGCAAACUCCGCAGCUGGGCUGAGCGAUUUCGAUAUAACGACGAUCAAGAGUUUGAAACCUAUGGUGGGUAA